AUGGAUAGUUUGGGAUGGGGUGAUGACUCACACGUUUUCACAAACUCAUCGUCAUUAUGGAGCAAUCAACAACAUGAUAGUGUGGAUCUUGCAGAGGACAUCUUCAAUCAAAUUCAAGAGCUCCAAAAAGCUCAAGCAUCAGUACCACAGCUGAAUUCAAAUUCUGAAAGACACCAAGAGGUUACAAGGUUGGUUGCGAAUACAAUGCUUGCAAAAUCAGGAGCUGGAACAAGUUGCAAUUGGGGAGAUGUUUCAGCUCAAGAAUUGUAUUCUUCAUCUUUGAUCAAUAAGUCUUAUGCUGCCACUUCCAUUAAUGAUUUUGGCAUCAGUGACCAAUCAAGAAUCAUCAAUGGUUUACAAAAUAGCAAGGCUGGAGUUUCGACGGGCUCUCUCGAGUCCCUUGAUUGCUUGCUAUCAGCAACCAAUAGCAACACAGACACAUCAGCUGAAGAUGAUGGGAUUUCCAUGAUUUUCUCUGAUUGUAGAAACUUGUGGAAUUUCGCUCCCAAUAGCAGUGCUGCAGUUUCAUCUGGAGAGUCCGAGAACAAUACUUGCAAUCCAAGAAAUAAAGAGAUGCAUUGCCCAGUAAGUGAGCUUGAUGAAACUGUCUCUCAGUGUUCUUCAGAUCAAUAUGGAAAGAAUAGAGUUUGUUCGCAAGCUAAGCCUGUUUCUACAAAGAGAAGCAAUGAUCACAGUGAGCUGAAAGUGGGUAUGAAGCAUCCUCUUUUUGAUCUUCUCCAUAGUGAUUGUUCUAAUAAAGAAGGUGGUUUUAGACUCAUUUCAGAGAAUCCUCCAAAAUCAAAGAAACCCAGGUCAGAUAAGCGUCCAAGCUCAUCAAACAUCAACUUUCAGCAGCCAAGUUCAUCAAUUUCUUCUUCAUUCGAGGAGCCUGAUCCAGAAGCCAUUGCACAGAUGAAGGAGAUGAUAUAUCGAGCUGCGGUUUUUAGGCCAGUGAAUUUAGGCUUGGAAGUUGCGGAGAGGCCUAAGAGGAAGAAUGUUAGAAUAUCAACUGAUCCGCAAACAGUGGCAGCAAGGCAAAGGAGGGAAAGGAUAAGUGAGAAAAUUAGGGUUCUGCAGAGGUUGGUCCCUGGUGGUAGCAAGAUGGACACGGCAUCAAUGCUUGAUGAGGCUGCAAACUACCUCAAGUUCUUAAGGUCACAAGUCAAGGUACUAGAAAACCUAGGCCACAAGCUUGACUCAGUGAAUUGUCCACCACCACCAAACGUUGUUUUCUCUUCUUUACCAUUCAACCACUCUUUUCCCAUGCAAAAUCACUUUCCAUUCCAAAACCCUAAUCAUAUUCACCCCUCUCAAAGCUAA